AUGCGGGCUUUCUGGGCAAGCACAAUCUCCUUUUUCCUUGCCUUCCUCGGUUGGUUUGCUCUCGCGCCCUUGAGUCUGGAAGUUGCCACCAGCAUGGGAACAUGCGAGAACCAGAUGUUCCCGCCCGAGGAGAACCCGACCAGGAAGGCGUACCUGAAGUUCAAGAACUUGAAGAGCGGCCUGGCCUAUUGCCAGUACGGCGUGAUCAAGGAAGCUGGCAAGCCCAUCGACUGCAAGGAUGUGCCCGCUGAUGCAGCCACG